UUACCAGCCAAGCAAACACCCAGGUAAAUUUGAAGUUACCUUAUGUCCACAAUCAUUAUCUGCAUGCUUCUAGCCUUUUAUAUCGGUUUGGACGACAAUAAUAUUUCUCUUAUCAUCGCCUGCAUCGUUAUCGGCUAAUAUCUAUAUGAGUGGCAUCCCACAGUCCCACUUUGCAUAUCCGUUAUUACUGUGUUGUAGUAUUUAUGAAUUUAUAAGGAAAUAUUUUUACGUUGAUUUUUUAUCGAUACAAGUCUUGGUCAUUUAUAAAUCAUCAACACGUGGGUCUACGUGCCCUUGAUAGGCACUGUACAAUCGGAAGUGCUACAUCAAAUAACUUGCGCUGAUCUCCAGCUACCGUCCUUCUGUUAUAAUUGAGUUACUUGAGCGGUGUUUGACAUGCAACAGAGAAAACUGCCAGCAAUCGUUGUGGAAGUGGUAUUUUUUGUCACUAAUCUUGCACAGUGUGCCCCAUCCGGUUCCGCAGCAUGGUAUUUUGAUGGUGUGUGAAGUGGUCAUCCGAACGGAAUGAUGUUGACGUUUAGAAAUUUCUCUAAUGAGAGAAUAUUUCUGCGCUUUGGUUACUGCAUCUUCUUGUUAUUGGUCCAAGGAGCUAUUGUGACCAGUCAAAGUCACGAUGAGAUCAGUAGCGAUCAAGAAGCACUGGUCACCGUGGAAGAACGAGUUUGUUCUGGUUCCUCAAACGCAUUGUCCUACAAUGAAAAUGUCACCCUUCAUAUGCGAAAGAUGAAGGAGCGCCUUAACAACUGCACAUAUGUCCAAGGAAAUUUGGAAUUAACUAAUAUACCGGAGGGCUACGACUUGGAUUUUUUGAAGCAAAUACGAGAAGUUACUGGCUACUUACUGAUUGCUCACGUUCAGAAAUCUGUCCUUUCGCUCCCUAAUUUGCGCAUAGUUCGCGGUCGAAACUUAUUCGGAGUGAACGAACGAAGCCGCGAUUAUGCUUUGUUUGUGGGUAUCAAUCCGGGAUUACGGGAACUUGGACUUGGUCAACUUAGAGAAAUCACUCAUGGAUCGGCAUAUGUGAAAGAUAACCCGCAGCUGUGCCAUAUGAAUACCGUCCACUGGGAUGACCUGCUGCAGACGAAAAACAGUUUGGCUUUGGCUGUGACGCCCAGCGCAAAGUUGAUUUGUCCUCCUUGUCAUAGUAAAUGCAGUAGUGGCUAUUGCUGGGGAUCCGGAAUUGAACAAUGUCAAAAGUUGACGAAAGAAGUUUGUGCCAUACAAUGCGGCAACAAUCGCUGUCGCGGUCCGAACCCAUCAGACUGUUGCCAUCAGGAAUGUGCUGGAGGCUGCGUUGGUCCGGGCCCCACAGAGUGCACUGCAUGUCGCGAAUUUGAGAACGAUGGACGGUGUGUGGAGAUGUGUCCGCCAUUGAUGAAGUAUGAUCACGAUCACUAUAUCAGCAUUCCCAAUCCGGAUGGCAGGCUAGCCUUUGGGACCCUUUGCGUAAAGGAGUGUCCACAGAAUUUCUUACGAAACGAUCACUAUUGUAUCGCAAAAUGUCCGGAAGGUAGAUACGAGAAGGACGACGGUGGUGUAUGCGUCCCAUGUGACGGACCUUGCCCGAAAAAAUGUCCCGGUUUUACAAAAGAAUCUGCGGCAUUCGGUGGAGCCAAUCUGAUUACCAAUAUUACUCUCCAGCGUUUCCAAAACUGCACCAUCAUUGAAGGAAAUUUGCAAAUUUUGCCGAUGUCGUUUUCCGAAUAUCCAGAAUUCGGGCCCACAGGUCUAAUGCAUUUUCAUCCCGGCGUCGUACCAGCACAACUGGAGCAGUUGUCAACAAUUAGAAAAAUCACCGGAUAUUUGAGAAUCGACGGCAGUCAUGAAAAUAUGACAGAUCUGUCCUUCUUACGCAAUCUGGAAACAAUUGAUGGUCGAGUGUUAGAUGAUCAUUCGGCACUAACAAUCGUCGGAAACAAGUAUCUGCAGUCGUUAGGACUGAAUUCCCUGAAAACGAUUAAAGCCGGGAUGGUAAAGAUUGUGGAAAACAGAAAACUGUGCUAUGCCAGCGAUAUAGCGUGGAGUAAAGUGUUGAGCCCGAGCCAGAGCCCUAUUACCUCUUCCACCGGCGUUCCUUCUAAGCCUUUGAUUCGCAACAAUCGACUACAGAGUGAUUGUGCAAGAGCUGGAGAAAACUGUCAUUCCGAGUGCACCAAUGAUGGAUGCUGGGGACCGCGACGAAACCAGUGUCUCUCUUGUGCCAAUUUUGUGUACAAAUCCUUCUGUCUGAAUGAUUGCUCAGAGUGGAAUAAAUCUAGUUCAGAACAUUUGUACCAUGCUGGAAAUAAGACUUGCGAGCCGUGCCAUUUGCAGUGUCAGGACGGCUGUCUCGGACCGACCGAAGCCAACUGUACAAAAUGUUUGAACGUACGGGAUGGGCCGAAUUGUGUGGCUGUUUGUCCAGUAUCAAAGUAUAGUGAUUUCCAAAAGAUCUGUCAGCCGUGCAGUUAUGUCUGCACAAACGGAUGCACAGGACCUGGUCAAUACGUUGGCGAGGGAGGAUGUAACUCCUGCGAAGUUGGAAUUAUCAGUGAAAACGCCAAGAACGUGAGUCAGUGCCUGCCUGCUAAUGCGGCAUGCCCAGAGCGCCAUUUCCAGACACUUGUUGGUCAUAACGAAAGUAGCGCACUGGCCACGAUGGCCGGCAAGAAAGUCUGCCGACCCUGUCAUUCCUACUGCAAAAAAUGCCGUGACAACACGCAGUACAACUGUGAAGAGUGUACAUACUUCCGAGUUAAUGGGAAAUGCGAGUUAACGUGUCCCAGCGCAACACAUUUCAUUGACUUGCGCACAAACCAAUGCCGGCCCUGCAGUUCAGAUUGUAGUAUCCAUGGAUGCAGCGGACCGUUGUCGACACAGUGUGUGUCCUGCCGAUCGUACCGUGAUUAUUACGAUACGGAUCAUCCGGAUUUGUUUAACUGUACGAACCAGUGUCCGGCGGAAAGGGUGUACAGUACGAAUCAGCCAACGGAUCCUAAGGUCUUGCUUGACCCAUCCGAGAGCAUGUGCACGAAGGAUGAUAUUAUAUCGGCGAAGAAGACGAAGGUUAUUCUCAUUGGCGUUUGUACAUCAUUGGGAGCGCUAAUCGUCCUUGUCGUAAUCGUCGUUUGCUUCCGGCACAAACGAGCGCAGAUAAAGAUGACUACACUCCAAAUUCAAGAGAAAUUUGCCGGUAUCGAAGAAACGGAGCCGUACACUCCAACAGACAAUAAGCCGGAUACGUCUAAAUUGCGGCUGAUAAGUGAACGCGAACUAAGGCGAGGCGGAGAACUCGGACAAGGAGCGUUCGGAUAUGUUUACAAAGGAUUUUGGCUGCCACCUGGCGAAAACUUGAAAAUCCCUGUGGCGAUUAAAGUUCUUAAGGAAGGCGUGGGCGUGGGUGCCGCAAGAGAAAUUCUGGACGAAGCCCAUGUGAUGGCGUCGGUGAGUCACCCGCAUCUGGUGUCGCUGCUAGGAUUAUGCAUGACGUCGCAGAUAAUGCUGAUUACGCAGUUACUUCCGCUGGGAUCUCUGCUAGAUUACGUCAAGAAAAAUCGUAAAAGCAUAAAGUCGCGAACCUUCCUCAAUUGGUGCUCACAGAUCGCUAAGGGAAUGAAAUAUCUGGAAGAACGCCACAUGAUUCAUCGAGAUUUGGCGGCCCGCAACGUUCUGGUGGAACGACCGGAAUGGGUAAAAGUCACUGAUUUUGGGCUGGCCCGAAUCCUGGACUGUCAUCAAGAAUCAAUGAAAGCGAACGGAGGAAGGAUGCCAGUGAAAUGGUUGGCCCCAGAAUGCAUCGACCGUGGAAUCUAUAGCCAUAAAACGGAUGUGUGGGCAUUCGGCAUCACAGUGUGGGAAUUGUUCACCUACGGAGAGAAGCCCUAUGAGCAUAUACCGGUUAAAGAACUAUACAGUUUCCUGGAAAGCGGUGAACGCUUACAGCAGCCGCCGAUCUGCACACUGGAUGUCAUGAUGUUGAUGCUGAAAUGCUGGAGUUUUCCUCCCGAAAGUCGGCCAACUUUCCAAGAGCUGGCUUCGGAAUUCGCCAAAAUGACCCGUGACCCGGGUCGAUAUCUAGUCAUAGUGGGUGAUGAUUAUAUGCGCCUGCCGGAUUACACGCGUGAAGACGAGCAGCGCAUGUUCCGCGACAUGGAAGAUGUUGGUUCGGAACGUUUAGUUUUGGCCGAAGAAUACGUUAACCCACAGACCUACUGUUUCGACACGCAACUUUACCUUGAUGGGACCUUAAAACGCCCUAUGGCUAAUGGCUACCGAAACGGCCAUAUAUCCGAUGGAAGGCAGAGCGCUGCUCGAUUUCCGCAUGUAAGCGCUCCGUUUUUGGAUCGUGGACGUUCAGUUGAACGAAAGGACAGUCCGCCACAUUCACGUUAUGAACAAGAUCCCGUAAUGUUACGGAAACAUGUGGAUAUUCUAAACUUGACGCCAAAGACCACCUCGAUUAUACUUGACUCCGAUGGCCAGUAUCUCAUCCCAAUCCCUGCAGAUGGUGGUGAUCCAAAGUCUGAGACAAUGUACCUGGAUCUCACAGAUCCGCUCAAAGAUAAAGACGCCAGUUUGGCGGAAGAAUACGAGAAGAUGCCGCAGUCCAGCCCGCGGCGUCGUGUGCCUUUAGUGGGCUAUCCUACAAGCGAACUAACCGCACUUAUGGACGGAGAGGGCGCGAUGCAGGUUCACAAUCCCGAAUAUCGAAUGAUGUCAUCCACGGCCAGCAAUGCCAGCACGGACAGUGCUUGCAAUAUUCCGCUGACACAUAGUGAUCCCGAAUCCGAUCAUGACUACUACAAUGACCUCAGUCCGCGGCGGAUGGAGCGGAUGCCACUAAACGGUUCUGUUCCGCGACGGAAUGAAACAACCGUGUAAAAAUGGCAGACAACCAUGUGUGUAUAAAGUCGUCAGGGUAGUAUUUAAAUGGAAAUCUUCACUGUUGUUAUCAUCUGUGAUCUGUAAUCCGGACAGUUUUUUUUGAUAAUUCGAAGUGGAAAAUUUUUGUACUUGGAUAACUUGCGCCGCUUAAUUGGGUAUAUUUUUCUGCGGGGUUUUCUAUUUUUAUAUGAGCUUUUUGUCUGCUAAAAUGGGCGGGCUGCAUGCUUCUGUGUAAAUUAUCUUUUCGAAGGUGUGCUAAGAGUUUCAGAAAAAUUCUUGGCCUUUUUUGGUACGUUUUCGUACCAAAUUUUAUGAAUUCGGUGAUUGUUUUAGUUAGAAUUUUGUACGAUAUACUCAUUUCAUGCUUGUUGACCGCAGUAUUGCUUUGUUUUGCCCUUUGAACAUUUCAAUGGUAUUGACUGUUUUUGUUUGCGAAUGUUAGGUAUUGUGCAGUAAAAAAAUGUUAUGUAA